CUUUAGUUGGUGAGGGGAUGUUGGAGGUGAAGGACAUUUUGGAAGUGAUUUAAUGGCUAAUCUGAAGUCUGAAUUUGAUGCAUCGAUUUGCUCAAACAAGUCUAGUCCCGAUUAGGCUCGUGGUUGUGGGGGUGGUACUUGCAAUCGUUGUAGUCGUGAUCUACUGGAUAUACAGAAAACAAAGAGACGAGUUAGAACCUGCUCGUAGAAAUUCUGUGAAAGUUCCGAGGAGACCAUCAAUUUACGUGUUGCCAAUCGUCAAACCACAACCCUGGGAUAUUUACAGGAGCUCUCGAACAUGCAAACCAACGCCUGGUAAAGCUGUGCCAAUUGGAUUCAUUGCAAUCGAUCAAGAUCAAACCCUGAAACAAUAUCACUGGAAGUACGAACCUAGUGGGAAGGAAGAAUUUUAAAAUGUUUUCCACAAAUUAUAUUUAGUUUCAUAAAAAUUAUUAACUAGACUUAAAUGCAUACUGAACUACAAAAAUUCACAACUAUACGCGAAAAAUUUCUUGUUAUGGGUCUGUAAACCUUUCUAAAAAAUUAGUAUCAAUACUGUGCAAAAAAUCAAUGGCGCGUUUAAUAUGUAUUCGUUGUGUGGCGUCAACCAACCGUCCCUUCUUACCGUCCUUAUACUCCUUUCCCCAAGAAACCCAACGUUGCGCACCGGAUAUAAAAUGAAAUAAAAUGCGACACAAUUUUCCAGUUCAUCAACUCCA